AUGGCUGUCACUCCUCUAAACCCAAAAGCCAAUUACCAUGCUCGCUCCAUUAGCUUGCCCUCUAGGCCACACCCUCUCAUUCCUGAAUUUGAUGAGCAGUUAUGCAGAUUACAAGCUUCUGAGGCCACCUCAUCAUCGUCAAUAAGCCACAAACUUAGUGGCCUAAAAGAUCUACAUGAUUGUGUAGACAAUUUGCUUCUAUUACCACUCACCCAACAGAUCUUAGCCCAACACGGGCACAAGAUAUGGGUCGAUGAGCUGAUGGAGGGAUCUCUCAGCCUAUUAGAUGCAUGUGGCACUGCUAAGGAAGCACUGUUGCAGACAAAGGAACAUACAAAUGAACUUCAAUCAACUCUACGCAGAAGGCGAAGAGGUGAAUAUAGGAUCUCAACCAAGGUUGAGGAAUAUUUAACCUCUAGGAAGAAGGUGAUGAAGGCAAUCCACAAGGCCCUAAACAAUCUGAAGGGCAUGAAGAACAAGUGCAGUUUCUCUCCCUUGAACACAGACUCUGAGGCUCUCUCCAUGGUCAGCAUGUUAAGAGAGGUGGAAAUGGUGACUCUCACAGUGCUUGAAUCUUUGUUAUCCUCAAUAUCUGGAUCAACUGUGAGAUCAAAGUCAAGCAGCUGGUCUUUAGUUUCAAAACUGAUCCACCACAAGCAGGUAGCGUGUGAGGAAGCACCAGCAGGCCUCACUGAUUUUGAGAAGGUGGAUUCUGCAUUGAACACCCUCAUUGAUCACAAGGGCAAAUCAGUUAACCCAGUUCAUGUUGAUAAUGUGCAAAAUAAAUUAGGGAAAUUGGAGUCGAGCAUUCAAGAUCUUGAAGAAGGUCUAGAGUUCCUAUCCAGGAGGUUGAUCAAAACCAGGGUUUCUCUCCUCAAUAUCCUCAAUCACUAG